GUCUCAGCUCUCACUACUGCGAGGACUCCGGAAUGGAGUUUGAGAUGUAGAAAACAGCUCGGAAUUUCUCUUUGAGUUUUCAUUCAGAGUGACGGCGCUGAGAAGAUGACAGCUGGAUUUGUGAGAUUGGUCGCUUUGCUUCUUGCAUUUGUGGCUUUGGCGACCACUGAAAAUCGCAGCCGACUAGGUAGAAAGAAGGGAAGAAAACACGGAUCACUUAUCCAACAACUGGACCAGGCUCCAAAUCCCAGCUGCACCAUAGAAGUUGCUUUCAUCUUGGACAGCUCUGAAAGCGCCAAAAACUUUUUGUUUGAUAAAGAGAAACAAUUUGUAGUUGAAUUCACUGAAAAAGCUUUGCAGUCUGAGCAAACAGAAACACAGGAUCUAGAUUGGAGAAUGGCUGUUCUACAGUACAGUAGCUCUGUCAAAAUGGACCACACUUUCCGGGACUGGCAAGGGUUUGAUCUAUUCAAGAAUCGUGUACAAUCCAUGGAUUACAUAGGGCAUGGCACAUACACUUCCUACGCUAUAGGAAAUGCGACUCAGCUCUUCCAGACUGAGGCAAAGCAGAACAGUGUGAAGAUAGCCAUUUUGAUGACAGAUGGGGUGAAUCAUCCCCGCAAUCCAAACCUUCGAGAUGUUGCAGCCAAUGCUAAGGAAUAUGGCAUUUUCUUGUUUUCUAUUGGACCUCCACGCAUUUCUGCAGAAUUGUCAGCUGUGGCAAGCACUCCAUCUUCACAAUUUGUCCACAGCAUAUCAGAUACCAAUCUCACAAACAAUAUUCUCCAUGAAGUGCUCAAAGUUGCCAAUCAAGCGUGCCCUAAACCCAAGCCAUGUACCUGUGAAAAGGGGGAAAGAGGGCAGACUGGAGCUUCCGGGAGAAAAGGAGAUCGAGGUAAAGAUGGAAGCCCUGGUGCAAAAGGAGUACAGGGACAACGUGGUUUAAAAGGAGAGCCUGGAAUUUCUGGUAAAAAGGGUGCAGCUGGGUUCAAAGGACACAAGGGCGGUAAAGGUGAAUGUGGGAUCCCAGGAACAAAAGGCGAAAGUGGUCCUGAAGGGCCGCCAGGUCCAAGUGGGAAAAGAGGAACACCGGGGCCACCUGGAUUGACUGGUGAGCAAGGCCCUGAUGGAGUCCAAGGCCCAAAGGGUGAUCGUGGCCUCACUGGUUUACGUGGGUCAUUAGGAGACCCUGGGAUUGGAUACCCUGGCCCAAAGGGUGAAAAAGGUUCACAAGGAAGUCCUGGUGCCCCUGGUUCUGCUGGGAUUGGAGAGCCUGGGUUACCGGGUCCCAGAGGAGAUCAUGGAGUAAAGGGUGAAAAAGGACCGCCAGGGCAAGGGGCUCCUGGCCCAAAGGGUAACAUAGGCUACACAGGCACCAAAGGCUCUCGAGGAUCUACUGGAAUUGGAAUUAAAGGUGUCAAGGGUGAUAUUGGACCUCCAGGACCAUCAGGACCUAUAGGCAUGACAGGAAUUGGGUUGCAAGGUGAAAAGGGGGAGCAAGGCCCUUCAGGGCCACCUGGGCCAAGGGGUCCAACAGGACAAGGUUUACCUGGUGAAAAGGGAGACCGAGGAUUUCCUGGAGAAAGGGGCCCAACAGGAUUAGGGGGAAGAGGACUUCCAGGUCCUAAAGGUGAUCCAGGAGCGCCAGGAGCAGCAGCAAAUCCUGGAAUCCCUGGUGAUGCUGGAUCAAAAGGAGCAAAGGGUGAACUGGGAGUUCCAGGGUUACCUGGUCCACCAGGGUUUGGCGUCAAAGGAGAUCCAGGAAAACCGGGUGAGCCUGGUAAAAGGGGACCCAGUGGCUUUUUUGGACAUCCUGGACCAACUGGACCUGCCGGACCUAAGGGGGAGCCUGGGCUUCGUGGCGAAGUUGGUUUUCCAGGACCAGUGGGAAAAGGAUUUCCAGGGCCAAAGGGUGACCGAGGGCCAGCAGGGCCACAAGGUUCUAUUGGUAAUCCUGGAGUUGGAACAAUAGGACCCAAGGGAUAUCGUGGAGCUACUGGAUUACCUGGACCACCUGGGCCUAAAGGAGAAGGUUACCCUGGCCCUCAGGGUGUGCAAGGACUGCCAGGCCCACGUGGUGACCCAGGGGAAGAUGGCAAAGGAUUUUCUGGAUCAAAGGGUGAUACUGGCCUUCCAGGACCGCCAGGGUCGAUUGGUAGUCCAGGAAUAGGAUAUCCUGGUCCAAAGGGUUCUGUUGGAAGAAUUGGUAUGCCUGGACCAAAAGGAUCUCAAGGAGAGGCCAUACAAGGGCCAAAGGGAGCACCAGGAUCUCCAGGUCUGAUGGGUCCUAGAGGGCCAGCAGGGGAAGGUAUACCAGGAGAAAAGGGAGAUCGUGGAUAUAAAGGUGAGAUAGGGAAGAAAGGAGACAAAGGUGAUGAAGGACUCUCUGGUGCUAAAGGCGAUCAAGGAAAGCAUGGACAAAAAGGUCAAGCAGGUCUCACUAGGGAAGAAAUAAUCAAGUUGAUCAGAACAAUCUGCGGAUGUGGAAAGAAAUGCAAAGAAAAGCCACUCGAACUGGUAUUUGUGAUUGACAGUUCUGAAAGCGUUGGGCCAGAAAAUUUUGAAAUUGUUAAAGAGUUUGUCAGUGCUCUGAUAGAUCGAAUUAGUGAAAGCAGUGAAGCUACCCGGAUUGGUGUGAUACUUUACAGUCUUGAAGCGCACAUAAUCACUCACUUAUGGCAAGGUGCAACUCCGGAGAAUGUCAAGAGAGCAAUUCAAAGCAUGCAGUACUUAGGCGAAGGCACCUACACUGGCACUGCCAUGAAGAUGGCAAACCAGGUUUUCAAGUCAGCGAGAAAAGAUGUGCACAAAGUGGCAAUAGUAAUAACUGAUGGACAGACGGACAAGAGAGAUCCAACUCAUCUGGAUGUGGCAGCAAUGGAAGCUCAUGAAUUACACACAGAGGUGUUUGUAAUAGGGAUUGUUAACACCAGCGAUUCUUUCUACUCUAGUUUUAAGAAUGAAAUGAACUUAAUUGCAUCUGACCCUGACGAGGAACAUGUUUAUCGGAUUAGUGACUUUAUGACCCUUCCAACACUUGAAAGCAAGUUGUUCAGCAGAAUCUGUGAGCCUGAGAACGAUGCACUGUUCAGUUCAAUUCCUAGCUCCAUACUACCCCCUGGUGUGUCACCGACUUUUGAUGCAAAUCAUCAGAAACCAGACCGUGACAGCAUACACAUAGUAGAUGAGCUGGAAAUAGAAACAGUAGAGCGUGGUCCUCCAGGAGGAAUUGGAAGUAAAAUAGAAUCAAAUGGUGGCAGUGAGGAUAUAUUUACAAGGCCGAAAGGAUCAGCUCCCUUACCAGGUCAACCAAGACCACCUUUAGGGAGGCCUGAAAUUGGACCUGGACUUGAUGACCAAGGAAUAAGGAGCGAGCAAAAUCUUUUCAACACUGCAUUGCCAAUCGUCUUUCUCCCACUAUCCACUCCACCACAAACGCUGAAAGAAGAAAUUCAUGAAGAUCCAGCCUGCGGUGAACCCCUUGAUCAAGGAGCAUGCAGGAAUUACAUUAUUAAAUGGUACUAUGAUACCACAGCUAAUUCCUGCGCCCAGUUUUGGUAUGGAGGCUGCGGGGGGAACCACAACCGCUUUCAGACAGAAGAAGAAUGCCAGAUCAAAUGCUUACAGUUUAAAAAGAAGUGAACAACCAUUUUACAGGAACGAGGGAUUAAUGUGUGAGGGCGCUGAGAAGAACUCUUGUCAUCUGGAUAAAAGCCAGCAUUUUCCUGGGUUAUGAAACACUCCUGCGAUUUGUAGCUGAAUAUGUUUAGUGGUUCUGUAUAAGAGAUCUUAAUGAACUGUAAAGAACAGUGUUCUCAGGAAAUGAUUACAGUCAGUGAGAAAUUCAAAACCAAAAGAAAAUUGAAUUCAAAAAUGAACGGUAAUUAGAAAAAAAAGUUUAUCACAACGUAAUCCAUUCUCCAUGCUAUUGAUGUAAAUAAAACUGAUAAGUCACACAAUAGAAAAUAAUGGAGGUCAUACAAGUAAGUAUUAAUUAUGAUUUAUUGUGCCCUUUCAGCCUAGAAGUACCAAUCUUUACUCGAGAAGAAAGACAUUGUGAAUGGAAUUUCCCUCUAUCCAAAGAGUAAAUUUGUCCCAUAUUAUUCUGUAGAAUUCUGCUGAGUAUAUUCUGCUGAGUUUUUCCAGGUAAUUCUGUUUUUGUUUUGGAUUUCCAGCAUCCGCAGUUUUUUUGUUUUUAUUCUGUAGACUUCCUGGUAAUUUGUAUUAUCCUCCAGGUAUAGAACUACAUAGAAUUUUACAGUGCAGAAAAAUCCGGCCCAACAGGUUCAUGCUCCACACAAGCCUCCUCCCAUACUAGUUCACCUAACCCUAGCAGUAUAUCCUUCUGUUCCUUUCUCCCUCAUAAGUUUAACUAGUUUCCUCUUAAAUGCACCUAUAAUAUUCACCUCAGCUACUCCAAGUAAUAGUGCAUUCCUCAUUCUUACCAUUCUUUGGGCAUUUCCAUUCAUUUGCAUCCAAUUAUAAUCCCUGCUCGCUGGAAUCACCACCACCCCCCCCCCCACCCCCCAUGCUGCAUCGUGGGGCCAUGUCAGUGUGCAAUCUUGCCAACAUGUUUGACAAUGAUACAUAAGUGACGUCCACUUGGCAACCUGUGCUUCACUCUUCCAUUCGAGGGUUAUUCACUUACCUUGUCUUAGGCACCAUGCAUAUGAUUUAGUUUCAUGCUUCUGUGGCAGCGCCACAUCCGUUUCAGGGGGUUAUCUCGAAAGUCUGAUCCCAUUAGAUCAGCGGUAAGGUGGGGGUAUUUUCUCAGUAGCUGCAGGAUGAGGGCUGGCUUGGUAAACAGGAUAAGUGGCCUUAGGCAAGUUGGGAGGAGGCUGCAGGGUGAGGGCUGGCUUGGCGAAGGAGGGAAGUGGCAUCGGGCAAGCUCGAAUGUUCAUCAUCUGACUCGGAGUCAGCAGAUUCCUUGCCUCCAGCGCUCUUCUGAGUGCCGGCGAUGUCGGAUGUCCCUGCCUCCACCUGCUGUGGAACAGAUUGUGUGCUGUGCUCACCAGAUUGUGGUCCCAAACCUGCUGUACAUCUAGGUCCCACUGAAGUGUGUGUUACUGCACUGAUGGAGGGUGUGGGUGAGCGCUAUGAUGGGUUUUCUAUGGUACUGUCCUCAGGGUCCUCAUCUGAGAAGCUCUCGGCGCUGGAACCGGGGUCCAGGUUCCCUGGGGGCGUCGGGCUCGUGGAAGAUGUACCUUGGAGAGAAAGUGGAGAUUAAUAGUGCAUGGCAGCCACACAACACACAGAACAGUGGACUUAGAUUAGUGUUGACAGAGGGAUGAUCUGGUGCAGGAUCCUGACAUGGGUGCUUGCCACCGACCUCACUGUUGCCGCAGGAACAGUCAACAGCAUCUCUGGCCAGCGUGAUGGCUCUGUGUUCAAAGUUGCACAGGCCCUUGAUGUCUGCCACAUUACCCCUAGUCUGUGACCUCUCUUUUAUUGUGCGUGAUCUUGUCUUGCAUAAAGACAUAUAGGAAGGGUACAAGCAGGAUGCAUGUCAAGGAAGUUGAGAAGGAUAGUUGGCAUUUGUGGGUAGUUAUUGGACCCAUGGAUGGAAUGAGGACAAGAUGAGCAGAGCAGAUGGGGCCAGAUGAAGAUAAGAUGUGACGGUGCGUGUGGGAGAUUGAAUGUGAUGUCCAUUGAGCUGGGAGUGAGUGAGAUUCCUGUGGCUAUGUAAUGGGUUUGUGAGUGUGUGAGUUGAGAGUGAUGAGAUGGUUGACUUACCCUGGUGGAACGGAUGAGAUCGUUCAUCCUCUUUCAGCACUGGGCGGCUGACCUCUUCUGGGCUCCGUUUGCAUUCACCACCACUGCCACCACCUCCCAAGCUGGAAUUGUCACAUUGCUGCCCUUCCUUCAGCCAGAGCAGGGGUAGAGGACAUCACAGCGGGCUUCCACAGUGUCCAGCAGGUGCUCAAAUGAGGCAUCACUAAAUCUGGGGGUAGCACUCUUCUUUGCCUUUGGGGGCCAUCUCUUCAGUGGAACACUCAUUCUCCGUAAACAUUGUGAAGUGUGUGUGCUGUGCCCAUUUAAUUAUGGCGCCUGCAUUGAGGAAGUGGUGAGGUCACAUCAGGACUGGAGAACUGGAGGCUGCCCACCAGCGGGUUUCAUGGGAAUGCAUUAUUAAUGAGGCAGGAGGGGGAACAUACUGAGCGAAAACCCAAUGUUGCUGGCAGGAUCAGCGCCGAUUUCCCCGCCCACUAAUGCACUUAUGCAAUUCUGAGACAAUUCCGCCCUCAGGGUUAAGUUCUGAGGACAGGUUGCAUAAACUUGGUUUGUAUUCUCUUGUGUUUAGAGAGUUGAGGGGAAAUCUAACUUGUGGUUAAAAUGAUAAAGGAUUCAAAAGGCUAGGUUUCCUUUGGUGGGAGAAUUCAGAACAAGAUGACAUAAUCUCAAAAUUAAAGCUAGCCCAUUUAAAAGGAAGCAUUUUUCAACAAAAUAUAGUGGAAAUCUGGAACCAACUCCACCAAAAGACUGUGAAUGCUGGGUGAAUUGAAACUUUCAAUUCCAAGGCUGCCAGAUUUUUUUAGUUAAGGAUAUAAAGGAAUAUGGUACAAAUGUGGGUAAAUGGAAUUGAGAUAGAGAUCAGCUAUGAUUUAACUAAAUGGUUGAACAGAUUUGAGGAGCUGUAAGGCUUUUCCUAUGUUCUGAGCCUAUGUUCCUAUGAAAAUUGAGCAUGUCACCGAAUUUCCAAUAAGCGACCUGUUGUUAAAACUGAAUCCAUAAAUUCUUUAAAACAUAAUUGGAUACUUGUUUUAAAAAGAGAAAUAUUAAGGAAUACUAGGAGUGAGCAAGAGGAUGGGGUUAGACUAGAUGGAUCAUUGAAGAGGAAAAGCCCUGCAGAUUUGCUGGGCCAAAUGGACUGCUUCCGCACUGUAUUAUUCAAUGAUUCCACAAGAUUCAUGUCAAAGUAAAUUAAAGAGUCUAAUGGAAAAAUUGAGGGCAGCACAAUCGACGUGAUUCUGUAAUUGAUACUUUUAGUGGGGAGCAACAUCUCAAGAAAUCACAGGUGCGCAAUCCAUGAUUUUCUGUCCAUUAAUUUUAGUAAGCGGAAAAUCACAUACUGUUUGCCUACAGUUUCAUAAAACGGCUCCCUUGAGCCCUGAUCCCCACAGGGAACAGCAGAUUGUGGAAUAAUCCCUCAUAUAAUCAGUUCCCAAGAUAGAUGCAGUUUAUUGGUUCACCCUAACAAAUCUGCCCAGAAAUAAAAUAUAGACCAAGAUCUGCCUUUAAAUUCAGCAGGACUUUUGGGUUCCCCACAUUUACGACUUUCCUGGUCACUAGCAGUCGCCCCAACUCCCUCCCUGUCUCCCUGUAAAUAACAGGAUCUAAGUGUCAGCUUGGCUCAAUUGGUAGUAUUCUUGUCUCCAACUUAGGUUUCAGACACAUGUCACACAUCUGGACUUCAGCAUGUUAUUUAGGCUGACACACUGGUGCAGCACUGGGAAUGUGCUGAAUAAAAAUUAGACAUUGCUGCUACAAGUGGAUGUUAAAAGUCUCAUGGUAUUAUUGAAAGGAGAGUGCUGAGUUUUCCUGGUGUCCUGGCCAAUAUUCCUCCUGUAACCUACAACAUCCCUUAAAUGUUUAACAGGCUUUCAGUCACCGUUAGUUGUGGGCACUGCGCUGUAUGUAAACAGCAGAACACCAGGAACUACUUAAUUUUAUGUGAAGAGCUUUGGGACAUUUGUGAGAGCCAUGAUAAUGUGUUAUAUCAAUAUAAUUUUCUAUUUCUCCUAGAAUUCCGAAGUUACAUAUUUAACCUUUAACCUUUUGGGUGAACAGGCACAUUAAUUGUUAUAAAGACAAAUACUAUAACUAAUAAUUAAUGGUUGAAAAUACAGAAGAAACAGAAGUGCUAUUUAGAACAGUGCUUUAAGAGGCCUGAGUAAUAUCAAAUAUUUAGGAAUCAAGUCACAUAUUAGGUUGUGAACAGAUAUAUGCGGUUGGAAAUAACAGAAUACAAAAAGACUUUGUCUAAAUAAAUCUAAAGAAAAUUAUGAGCCAUUGAAAAGUCCCAGUUCUGUACUGACUGUACUUUCCAUGGGCUGCACUGUUUGACACUGAGCAAAAACAAUGGAUCAAUAAUGCUAAAGAUAUUCAGAUGUUUGGAUGGUUAAAAUUAACAAUCCAGCUUCCCAGAUGCCUUGGAUAGCAAAGUGGUGUAUAGUAUGCUUCACCUGUUCAGACCCAGGAGUGCUGCUAUCAUAUGGCCCAGGUAAUUAACUUACAUCGGAGGAGAUCCACUUCUUGAUGACUUUUUCCAAACACUGACUACAGUUAAUAUUGUGUAUAAGCAACUUGGUUUACAAAAUUGAAAUCCCUUGGAAGAUCUUGCUGUAAAAUACAAAGAAAUAACAUUCCUGUAGAUGCAUUUUACCAGAAUUAUUGUAUUUUCCAUUUUUUAAGCAGUUCUGUUUUGGUAAUUUUAGAAAUCAGCCACAAUGUGUGAGUUUGUUGUACUCAAUGCCAAAGAGGCUAUUGCAGAGAGUACAUUUCAGCAGCACAUCAAUGUUACAAUUCAGCAACUGAGAAAUGUGUUUCCAGUGCCCUUUAACAUUCUUCAUGAAUGCAAUUCUGUGCAAUUAUCCUGCUAAGGCACGCUAAUAAACUUAACACAAAAGGACACCUUAGAGCUUAAGAUGUUAAAAUGUUGUUUCAGUCUUCUUGAAAAUUGCAGUGUAAUUUUUGUCCAAUGCUUUGCAGGAUCUGAAAUUAGCUCAGAAAGUUGCUUUCUAACGAGGAUUUCCUGCUGAAGUGCAUUCAAAGUGCCAAAGAGUGACUCACUAACAAUUAAACAGUAGUAAUAUUGGGUAAAUAAACAAAUGCAUAAUUUCUGUAUAUUCCCUAUUGAGUCAAUAAAAUUUCAAAUUGUA